CAAAAUUUAACUCGCUCUUGGUGUCACCGUAGAAAUGCGGUACUACGUGCUACUAAUUGGCUAGUUGCUGAACUUGAUCAAACACCGUUCCCAUUUGCUUGCCCAUGCCAACAUUCUCAGCUAUAAAUACCAACACGCAACAGCUCGAUCUCAAUCAGCAGCAAACCAGCGACGAACUCAGCAUCAAGCACCGAAAGACAAAUCAAUCUUUGCAGGCGACUCACCAUGGCCGCAUCAGAUGAGUUCAGGCGCGUGUUCUCGGCGUUCGACCAGGACGGCGACGGCAAGAUCUCCACGGCCGAGCUGCGGCUCUGCAUGAAGGCGGCCCUGGGCGGCGACAUGUCGGCCGAGGAGGUGCAGGCCCUGAUGGCCUCCGCGGACGCCGACGGCGACGGCCUGCUGGACGAGGAGGAGUUCCUGAGGCUGGUGCGGGAGACGGACGCCGGCAAGGAGGAACAGGGGGACAGGUGCCGGGAGGCGUUCGGGAUGUACGAGAUGGAAGGGAGGGGCUGCAUCACCCCGCUCAGCCUCAAGCUGAUGAUGAGCAGGCUGGGGCUGCACCUGGACGUCGUCGAGUGCCAGGCCAUGAUCCGCCGGUUUGACCUCAACGGCGACGGGUUGCUCACCUUCGACGAGUUCAAGACCAUGAUGAUGAUGGCAUGACGUACAAAAAGUCAAAAACUGAACUUUGUAUACUUUCUCUGGCUGAUUGUAAUUCCUUAAUUUCUAUCUUCGAUUCGGCGGCAGAUACAAUUGUAUUGUUCUAUAGUAGCCAACUAGACUGGCUUAAUAUCCCAACACCCAUAUCCUUUGAGAAAAACAAAGUGCCAAACUAAAAAAGAUGAACAAAUGACAAUGCUUCCAUUUCCAGUGCUCCACUAUAAUAUCAGUGGAUACCUGGGAGGGACAUGACACAUCUAUAAAAUGUUGCAACGAAGAAAAAACAUCUUUCCAGCAGCAUAAAUGGAAAUAUGAUACUAUAGUAAUUUUGAAAUCAAGACUUUAUACAGGAACGACCUUGUCUUACCUUGUCAAUGAUUAUCAUACCAAGACUAUAAAUAUCAAACUUGUAUGUGAUCUGUCCGCCAUAGAAUUCAGGUACCAUAUAUCCCCUACACGAAUAUUUAUGUAGCCAAAUUCAUAAGAAAAAGGGACCAAUAUGCAUUCAUACAUAACAAAAGAGAGUUUCCAAGAUCGAUAGCAAGCUUACAUAGUUCCGAACAAUUUUGAAGUAAAAUUCGGCUCUGAUUUUCAUUGAAGCAUCUCAAGAGACCAAAAUCACCAACUUUCGGCAUCAUAUUAUCAUCUAGCAAAAAUAUUUGCAGGUUUAAGAUCUAGGUGAACGAUGUGCUUUUGGCGAAGAUAAUAUAAACCGUCACAAACUCCAUAGAUAAUUUGAUAGCGCUUUCUCCAUUCAAGUCCAUGAGAUGCAUCUAUAAAAUGGGAGAGGAGAAAGUUGAUUUAGUAUUUACCGAAAAAGGCUUUACGCCCCACUUUAUAAAUAAAGCACCACCACCGAUACCACAAGUUACGAACAGAGUACAAAAGAAAACAG